GCUGUAGCUCCUAGCCAAGACCUUUUUCUGAGUCUUCCCCCAUCUCCACAGGGGAGAAGGUCAGAAAGAAGCACACACCUUCCUCCCGAUCUCGCUAGGGUUCCCGCGAUGGCGACCCCACAAUCCCCCAGCCCCCGCGGCGACGCCCUCCUUGACUCGGCGCCGCUUCUCGGCGGCCGUGCUAGGCGUCGUGGCGUGCUGCGCCGGCCAUCGCUCCGUGGGACAGCGCGGCUGCUGCGGCAGGGCGGUCGGCGGGCGAUGCGGGAGCCAUCCCUGCUUGUGCGGGAGACCGCCGCGGAGCAGCUGGAGGAGCGGCAGGCCGACUGGGCCUACUCCCGCCCGGUGGUGGCGCUCGACCUCCUCUGGAACCUCGCCUUCAUCCUCGUCGCCGCUGUCGUGCUCGUGCUCAGCAGCGACGAGAGCCCGUCUGUGCCGCUCCGUGUUUGGAUCGCCGGGUAUGCCGUUCAGUGCGUCCUGCACAUGGUCUGCGUUGCCAUCGAGUAUCGCGUGCGCCACGGCCAGCGUGGCGGACCCUCUAUGGCCGCCGACGAGGAGAGGGGUUCUGAUGGAUCGUCCUCGUCCACCGACGAAGAUGCCGGCGAAAACGUUACCCAUGGCCGCAUUGGCGACUGUGUCAGUAUCGCGAAACAUCUGGAGUCUGGCAAUACAAUGUUUUCCUUUAUAUGGUGGAUAAUUGGAUUUUACUGGGUAUCUGCUGGUGGAGAAGUUCUUAUCCGUGAUGCACCUCAACUCUACUGGCUUUGCAUCGUCUUUCUGGCAUUUGAUGUUUUCUUUGUCGUCUUUUGUGUUGCUUUGGCUUGCAUCAUUGGUAUUGCUGUUUGUUGCUGCCUCCCUUGUAUCAUAGCAAUUUUAUAUGCAGUCUCCGAUCAGGAGGGAGCAUCUGAAGAUGACAUUCGCCAAAUUCCGAGAUACAAAUUUCGGAGGAUAAACGAGCCUGAAAAGCAAUCUGUCAGCAUGACUGGAUCUUCUGGUGGAAUGAUGAUAGAAUGUGGCACCAACCAACCUAUUGAGAAAGUACUUGCAGCUGAAGAUGCGGAAUGCUGCAUUUGCCUUUCAGCAUAUGAUGAUGGUGCAGAGCUGCGUGAACUCCCUUGUGCCCAUCAUUUCCACUGUGCCUGCAUCGAUAAGUGGCUUCACAUCAAUGCGACUUGCCCACUGUGCAAGUUAAAUGUCCGAAAAAACAGCAGCAGCAGUGGUAGUGAAGAAGUAUAAACCUUUACGUGUGAAUCCACGUAUUCACCAUCAUUGAGCUCUCCUCUACCCUGGUAACUUGUGUCAUGAUGAUGGUUCUUCGCAAGAUAAAACCUUUAUGAGUGUGCAUUCAUGUGUCCUUGCUAAUAUAACAAAGAAAUAUAAUUCAUGUUAGUUUUCGUGUCUAUAUAUGCUCAUAGUUGUAAAUUAUGUAUUGAUGUUGCUCAAAUUGUGAUGUAUAUGUGUUUAAACUCGUUGUUGCUUUCGUGGUCUUGUAGAUGCCCAAUAGUGGAACUAAGCCAAAACUCAACUUUGCCUGCUUGCUUUGUGUAGUUGUGUUUCAGAUUUAUUUAUUUUUCAGUUCUGACC